UUGUGGUAGAUUUGUCUAUUACACUAAUAAACUAAUCAUAUCACCUUCCCACACAAGAAACCAAUAAAGGGGAGGAAAUCUAUAUAUACUUUUCAUCCUUCCUAACUGUGCUUUUCGUUUAUUCCUGGUAGAAUAAGUACAAGAUAAAAAAUCUCAAGAAGAGGAAAAAAAAAAAGAAAAAAACCAAAACCAUGAAUACAAAAAUAAUUGCCUCUGGUGUAUCCCUCAUCCUGGUGGUGGGUGUUGCCAUUGGCGUUGUGGUAGUUGUUAACAAAAAAGACACAACUGAUCCUGUGGUAGCAGCACAACAAAAAUCCGUGAAGUCAAUGUGUGAGGGAACCGAAGACCCUAAGCUCUGUCACGACACUCUCAGCACCGUGAAACCCACCAACUCCUCUGACCCGAACGCUUAUAUAGCGGCAGUGGUGGAAGCAACCGCCAAGAGCGUCAUCCAAGCCAUGAACAUGAGCGACAGGCUCACGGUGGAUCAUGGCGGCAAGGACCCCGGCAUGAAAAUGGCCCUUGACGACUGCAAGGACUUGAUGCAGUUCGCCAUAGAUAGUCUCGAGUCCGCGACUAAUCUAGUCCGUGACAACAACAUACAAGCUGUUCAUGAACAGACCCCUGACUUCAGGAACUGGUUGAGCGCUGUCAUGUCAUACCAACAAUCUUGCAUGGAAGGGUUUGAAGAUGGGAAAAGUGGUGAGGAAGCGGUUAAGGGACAAUUGCAAGAGGGUAGUUUGGACCAGAUGGGGAAGCUCACUGGGAUAGCCCUUGACAUUGUCUCGGACUUGUCCAGGAUUCUUCAGACCUUUGACUUGAAGCUGGACCUAAACCCUGCUUCUCGUCGCCUUCUAGAGGCUGAGGAGGUUGACCAUGAAGGGCUCCCCUCAUGGUUUUCUGGUGCUGAUCGGAAGCUGUUAGGGAAGAUGAAGAAGGGAGGUAAGGUGACACCGAAUGCCGUGGUUGCUAAAGAUGGAAGUGGUAAAUUUAAAACCAUUGCGAGUGCUAUUGCCUCGUACCCGAAGGGGUUCAAAGGAAGAUACAUUAUCUAUGUCAGGGCUGGGGUUUAUGAUGAGUACAUCACCGUCCCCAAACAAGCUGUGAAUUUGCUCUUGUAUGGAGAUGGCCCUACAAGGACCAUUGUCACUGGUCACAAGAACUUUGUAGAUGGUGUGAAGACAAUGCAAACUGCCACCUUUGCCAAUACUGCUGUAGGAUUCAUCGCCAAAUCAAUGGCAUUUGAGAACACAGCCGGUCCCGCCAAACACCAAGCAGUUGCCUUCCGGAACCAGGGAGACAUGUCAGCUUUCUUUGACUGCGCCAUGCGCGGCUUCCAAGACACCUUGUACGUCCAAGCGAAUCGUCAAUUCUACCGCAACUGUGAAAUCUCUGGCACGGUGGACUUCAUCUUUGGCGCCUCGGCGACCCUCAUCCAGAAUUCUAGAAUCAUCGUGCGGAAGCCAGGACCCGGCCAGUUCAACACUGUGACCGCAGACGGCACAAAACAAAGAAACAUGGCCACAGGGAUCGUGAUCCAGAAUUGUGAGAUAGUUCCGGAAAGGGCCUUGUUCCCUCAAAGGUUUCAGUUCAAGUCGUAUCUUGGAAGGCCAUGGAAGGCUUAUGCUAAAACAGUGGUCAUGGAGUCGAAUUUGGGUGAUUUUAUUCAGCCAGUAGGGUGGAGUGUUUGGGAAGGGAAUCAGUUUCUCGAUACAUUGUAUUAUGCUGAACAUGCUAACGUGGGACCUGGCGCUAACCUUAAAAGAAGGGUUAGGUGGAAGGGUUACCAUCCCAAUAUUAAUAAGAAUGAGGCUGCACAAUUCACUGCUGGCCAGUUCCUCAGAGCUGGACCUGCUGGAAGAGCUGAGGAUUGGUUGAAGGCUACUGGCGUUCCUUUCACAGUUGGUUUUGUCAAAGGUUAAAAGGCACGCGAGUUUUAGUAUUUUAGAUCAAUCAAUGAGAGAAUGAUGCUGCGCGAAAAUCUUCGCGGUUGGGGAUUUGUUUUUAGCUGUAGUUGUGUAAUUUUAUGUACACAAAUCUAUCUAGUUAUGUAGAACAAGCUAGCUAAGCUUCAUUCGUUUUCAGCAGACUUCGAUUCUACUUGGAAGCUUUUACUUUGAAGCUCAGGUGGAAUCAUCUUGUACAUGCGGUUUGGAAGCAUGGGAGAAUUGUACAGAUAAUGAUAUUGAAGACUUCUAGAAAA